UCACGGCGUCACCCCGGAGGUCCCAGUGCCUGGACCCCACCUGGGAUGUGUCUCCUGCUGGGGGCUGCGGGCGUCGGGAAGACCCUUCUGCUGAGCUCCAGAGAUGCCAAGGGCGAGCUGGGAGAGCCUCCGCCCACGCGCCCCACGGUGGGCACCAACCUCACUGACAUCGUGGUCCACAGGAAGAUCACCAUCCGAGAGCUCGGAGGGUGCAUGAGCCCCAUUUGGUCAAGUUACUAUGGAAACUGCCAUUCGCUCCUGUUCGUGAUGGAUGCCUCUAACCCCACCCAGCUCUCCGCAUCCUGCGUACAGCUCUUGGGUCUCCUUUCUGCACAAGAACUUGCAAAUGCCUCCGUCCUGAUACUCUUCAAUAAAAUUGACCUUCCCUGUCACAUGACCAUGGAGGAAAUAAAGUCAUUAAUCAGGCUUCCAGACAUUAUCGCUUGUGCCACGCAGAACAUCACCACGGUAGAAACAAGUGCCAGGAACGGCACUGGGCUGGCAACAGUGCUGCUCUGGCUCCAGGACCAACACAGAUGCAGCAGCUGACUGCAUGAAGGAGCAUGGCCGACUCACCCUGUGCCUAGGAGCUGAAG